CUUGUUUCGUUUUCAGUGCGAUCGCAGACAUUGUGCAAAACGGUUCACAGUUCUCUCUGCUCGACUGGAAGUGAAGUGACCGUGCUGCUAUUGUUGUUGUUUCUGUUUUUGUGGGAGUGCACUGAGCGAAGUCGGAGAAAUCGUGUCAAAAAUUAAUUGGAUUUAAAGCCUGCAGUGCAAGUGGCAAGUGAGCAUUUGAGCUUUAUCAAUUUCGGGCGUUUCUUUGGAGGCUCGACACAUACAUAUACACACAGCCAAUCGGAACGAGAUCCGCAGCGAGGGUCGCACCAUGGAUAGCGUCAAGUCGUUCUUCGCCGGUUCCAGCAAAGAUGGAAAUCUGUCCAGCAGCCAGCAGUCGAAUGUGCCCGGAUCCUCCAUCAGCAGCCGCUGGGGACGGAGCUGGAGCACCAGCUCCCAGCAGACGGAUCCCGAACCAGGACCCUCCAACUCCACGGUCAGCAAGAGCGGAAACCCAUGCGAUGUGAAGCGCAAGGAUAGUGAUAACUACUUUUACAUCAUGUGGCGCGCUUGAAGAAUACCAGACUAUUGUGGAUCGGAGCAUCAUUUGGAUGAGUCGUGAUCCGUAUCUCAAGUGACCUGCAGCUGUAUCUGUAACCCUAUUAGGAACAUCGGAGCGCUAGCGGCAACAACAGCCUUUUGCCUUGUUGCACCAUCUCCAUUGGCCGAGUCCGGUGUUUAGUGAUACUAGUUAUUUAUUUACAAUUAUACACACAAGACAUUCAAA